AUGCCGCGCGCUUCAAGGCGAUCCACAGCCUCAACAGCGGCAGCAGCGACUGCCUCCCCAGUUCGUCGCAACAGGUCGCGUAAAAGCGCAAAGGCAGAGCCGGAAACACCUCGUCACGACGACAUGGACGUGGACGAGGACAACGAUGAGGACGACGCCGACCACGAUGACGCCAAUGGAGAAGACGAUGAUGACGACCAUCACGCUGCCGGUCCUUCACGGCGCCGCUCCAAGCCCCGCGCGUCCACCACCAGCCGCCGCCGUGUCAAGACCGAAGAAGACGCGACGGAUGGCGAGGACGAGCCUACAUCCUCGCGUCGUCGCUCGAUCAAGCAGGUCAGCUACAAGGAGAUCCCGAUGGAUGUGGAGGACCCUGUGGACGACGAUGACGAUGAUGAUGAAGGAGCCGAAGAAGAAGAUGACGAGGACGAACCUGAGCCCGUGACCCCUGCGCCGCGCAAGACCCGCACUCGCGCAAAGAACACGACCAAGGACGCAGAUGACAAGCCCUACAAGCGCGAACCGGGAACCGGAGGCCGUGGUGGCUUCAGCGUCAAGGGUGCUGCGGCGGCUGCAGCCCGUGCACGUUGGGACAAGGUUCGUCGUGAGCGCGCCGAACGUGGUGAGGACAGUGACGAGACGCCGCGCUCGCGCCGUCGCCGUUCACCACCUCCGCCCAAGCGCGACCCCCGUGGUGCUCUGGAGAAUGUCGUCGCUGGCCAGAUCUACAAAGUCAAGGGCGUCGAGUACACGGCUGGCGACGAUGAGCUCAUUAUUCCUGAAAACCCCAAGGGUGAAGCCAAAGUGGACGCGGAGGGCCGCCUCCAAGGUGGACGCGAGUACAAGCUCGUCACGUUCACGUCUGUGACGCGCAAGAACCCCGAGCGCCUGUACGCACUCACGAUCGACGCGGCGCGCGCCUGUGGCUACACCGACUCGCUUGCCUUCCUCCGUCGCUGCCCUCAGGUUGUCAAGCUCUCCUGCGACCAGGACGAGCGCCAGAUGCUGAUCGAUGUCGGCCGCAUCACCGGUAACCUCAAGCACCGCAUGGUCACCAUGGUCGCAGUGCGCAACGUCUACAAGCUCAUGGGCGCGAGGCUCGUCAAGGACGGAAAGUGGGUCGACGAUGACUACAACGAGGAGCAGGCACUUGCAGACUGUGCGGCCAACGGCUACACACCUCACGGACCAGUGCUCGAGGAAGAGUUGGCGGUCAACCAGUACCCUUCGGCCGGUGGACCCGGCCGUCCUACUGCGACCGCUACUUCGCUUGCCGACACUCGUGCAGACAAGUCGAUGCUCGCCUCAUUCUACACUGUCGGCGGUCCGACUACCCACUUUGGCAGCAACGGUCUCGACCCAUGGAACGACGUUGCCCAUGGCAAGCGCGGUCGCCUGCGUCUCCUGGGUGUGACCGAGGAGGACUGGAUGCUCCGCACUGCCGAGGAGGCCCGCCGUAUCGACGAGACUCUGCGCAAGUAUCGCGAGGAGCGGAUCGGCGCCCUGGAGGGACCCGACGCGCAUGGCUGGGUGUAUACCGCUGAGCGCCGCGCGGCCGGUGAGAUUGAAGACAACUUCCAACAAGAAGGCACCUUGCCGCCCCGGAGCGAGGCUGGAUCGACGCCCGCCAUUAGGCCUCACCCGCUCGCCCGUGAGGUCACUUUUGAGCCACCAUCGUCCGAGCCUCUCUCGCCAGCGCCCCCCGAGCCGACCCCUACCCCGGCUCCUGGUGCCGUGUUCACUGGCCUUGCCGAGGCCGAGGCCGAGGAGCCCAAGUUGACUGGCGGCACGAUCGUGGUCGAGUCCGAGGCUCAGACGGUUCACUCGAGGCCUGGCGUUGGCAGUUGGGUGCCCGGUGUCAUUCGUGCCGCGUAUGAGCCACACACCCAGAUGCCCCACGUCCCGAUUACCACCCAGCCAUCAACCGCCGGCCGCGAGCGUCUCAGCUACAACCCCUUGGUGGGGCUUAAUGGUGCUGCUCGCAUCACCCCGGCCCCCGGUAUCGCGUCAGUCGAGUUUGUGUUUGAGCCUUCGCAGGAAAAGAGCACAUGGCUGUCCUUUGGCGAGGGAUCGCGCGGACCCGAGGUUGCCCAGGUCCGCCACCAGGACGUCGCCGACGCCGAGGUGUGGGCCAAGCAGGCACGUGAAAAGAGGCGCCGUAUGAAGGAGCAGCGCGAGCAGGAGCAGCGUGAACAUGAGCUCGCUGCGGCGCGUGACCGUGAGCCCACGCACGACGCGACCCGUGAGGCGACUGCCGUCGCAUAG